AUGCUUAAUACACUUCCUCAUACUAUCCUUUCAUUGCUACUACAUCAACUGGAUGAUUGUGCAGACAUCGUGUGCCUGACAUUGACAUGUAAACAAUUGUACCAACAACGUGAACGCUACUUUGCAUACAUCGCUGUCAAUACUCCCUACACAUCCUUCUCAGACCCAUUGGCCAAGCUGGUGCUGCCAACAUAUCGCAACGCAGUCAUUGCCAAGGUGAAGCAACCAAGUGCCAUCGCAGCCAACCUACCCUGCCCAUUCGAUGCCCACAUCCCACUGGAUAAUCUUGUGAUCAGCACUCAGGCCCCGUCGACCGUGCUCGGACCAGGCGUACUGCCAUCAACGUUGAAGAGCCUGAUCAUCCUGUCCAGGUUUGAUCACGAUCUGUAUUCGGGCGACUUCCCGGCAGGCCUCAACACCCUCUCUUUGAGCUUCACCUUCAACAGUGUGAUAACCCCCGGAGCGCUCCCCGACUCACUCACCUCGCUCACCUUCAGAACACUUUACAACAAGCCUCUGCAGCCAGGCGCACUUCCACCCGCACUACGCUCACUCUGCUUCGGAAAGAACUUCAACCAGGUACUUGAGCCCGAUGCCCUUCCCCAUUCACUCACGCACCUUGUCUUUGGCCACGCUUUCAAUCAGCCCUUAAUCAUGCCACCCAUGCUCGAGCAUGUGUAUUUCAAUCACUCAUUCAACCAGGAUCUUGGCCGCACGCUGCCCACGACCCUCCAGACUCUGAGUCUAGGCCAUUCAUUCAACCAUCCACUCCCUGUGCAGCUGUCGCCCUCAUUGACACUACUUGUGCUUGGACAAAAGUUUGAUCAGCCCAUCAACACGGACACAUUCCCACCAACUCUUGCAAACAUCAUGAUGGACUGCCGCUUGGAAUCACACCAGAAACGACUUACCCUACCCGCGUCGCUCACCAAGUUCACCUAUAACGUGAGCUUCAACAACACAAUCUCUGGCCUGUCGCUGCCCUCGACGCUCCUGCGUUUGAAGCUGGCAGGCAGCUUUGAGUCAAACAUCGAGGUUGGCAGCAUUCCCUCAUCAAUCACCGAUCUUCAGUUCGGCGACUCAUUCAACUCACCAAUUGAACCAUUUGCCCUGCCAAGCAGCCUCACUCACCUUCAGUUUGGAACCAAAUACGAUCAACCCUUCCAGCUCAGAAGCUUGCCGCCAACACUACAGAGUCUAUCAUUCGGUCAUUCAUUCGAUCAGAAAUUCCAGAUUGGACACUUGCCCAAGUCCCUAACAAAGUUAUCAUUCACAGGAAGCUAUGACAAGCCAUUCGACCCAAUUGUCCUGCCUCCAACUCUCACCGAACUGACCCUCUCACAGCAGUUCAAUCAGGCGAUUGGCACUGGCUGUCUGCCCAGCUCGCUAACCAGACUACAGUUUGGAGAGAAGUUCAAUCAGCCACUUGGCCGCGGCACUCUGCCAAACUCACUCACAUGGCUCUCGCUGGGAAGGUCAUUCAAUCAACCUUUGUUCGAGCCCAACUCAGCCCCAUCAAACCUUCGCGAACUCGGCCUCUGCUGCACCUACACCAAGCAUCUGGCAAACAUUCCUUCCAACCUCAAGACAUUGCACGUGGUCGUGUACAGUUCGUCGCUCAAAGAUAUCCUGCAGGCCAAGUUCACACUACCAGCACAUCCACAAAUCAAAGACUACCGUCUUACAAACUUCCUCACCAACCAACUAAGGAUCAUCGAUGACCAAUGGGCCAUCUUCACAAGUUGCAACUUUGAAGGCAACACCAUUCGUUCGUCCAAACUUCCUUUGAUAAUGGCUAAGAAUGUUUGA